AUCUCUUUCUGCGACCUUUACGCAAUUCGCAAAGCACGACCUCUCUCUUUCUUCUCCUUCUUCUUGGCGUACAGAUCAAUACCUAAUCGUGACGGUGUGGUUCCUCUAGGGGUUUUGGAUCCUGAUUGGAAUCGGAAUUGAAAUCGAACCGGCAUGAGGCCAAUCCUAUUGCCGGAUCCACCCAGUCUAUCAACCGGCGUACCUGAUAUUUUCGAACAAGGCGGACCCCAGAACGUCGUCAGACGCGCCGUCGUCAUCGGUAACGGUUUCCCUGGCUCCGAGAAUCAGUGUAUCGGUCUCGUUCGUGCCCUCGGCUUGGCCGAAAAUCACCUACUCUACCGAGUGACAAGGCCUAAAGGAGGGCUAAAUGAGUGGCUGCAUUGGCUUCCAGUUGGGUUUCACAAGAAUUUGGACUUUAUCCUCAGGCAUAUUUACCUCUACUCCAGGUUGAUGCUUGGAUCCAAACAAAGUAAAUACAUCACAUCUGUACCCUCGGAGAAUGGUGGUAGUGUAGGUUUGGCCUCUAUUCUUGAGGCUGAUGUGAAGAGCAUUGUAAAUAUGGCUCGUCAAACCUAUGAAAAGGAAGGCCCGUUGGUAGUGAUUGCAUGUGGAAGAGAUACAAUUUCUAUUGCUAGCUCGAUAAGGCGUUUGGCUUCUGAAAACGUCUUCGUUGUUCAGAUACAACAUCCUAGAUCACAUUUAAAUAGGUUUGACAUGGUGAUCACGCCUCGUCAUGACUACUACCCUCUAACGCCUGAAGCACAAGAGCAGGUUCCUAAAUUCAUGCGGAGGUGGAUCACUCCACGUGAACCUCCUCAGGAUCAUGUAGUCUUGACUACAGGAGCUCUACACCAGAUCGAUUAUGCCUUACUCCGUAAAGCAGCUAGUGCCUGGCAUGAUGAAUUUGCUGCUCUUCCAAAGCCGUUAGUUGUGGUCAACAUCGGCUGGCCUAGAAGUAACUGUCGGUAUGGAGCAGACGUCGCAAAGCAGCUAACAGACUCCAUUCUUGAUGUCCUUGCUACCUGUGGAAGUGUCAGAAUUUCUCUUUCCUACAAAACCCCUGCAAAGGUUUCAAGAGUAAUCUUCAAAGAACUUGGAGAUAACCCAAAAGUUUACAUAUGGAAUGGCCAAGAACCAAAUCCGUACAUGGGACAUCUAGCUUGGGGUGAUGCGUUUGUGGUGACAGCAGAUUCUGUCAGUCUGAUCAGCGAAGCCUGUAGCACCGGAAAACCAGUGUAUGUUGUUGGAACCGAUCACUGUAAAUGGAAGAUUGCAGAUUUCCAAAAGUCUUUGAGGGAGCGAGGAGUUGUCCGCCCAUUUACAGGUUUCGAAGAUAUGUCGGUAAGUUGGAGUUAUCCGCCAUUGAAUGACACAGCAGAGGCAGCUACAAGAGUACGGCGUGAAUUGGCUGCACGCGGAUGGAGUUUACGGCUUGAAUUUUAUACUCUUCUUUGCUGUAACAUUUAUUUGCGGAAUCAAAAUUUGUCCAAAGCUGGAGAAACAGAAGCCUGAGAGAAUCAGAUGUUGUGCAGAAAGAAAGAAAAGGUGAAGAUACCAUUUAAAAGGGUCAUUUCAUUUUAGUUUGCCCUAUAAAGUUUUGCUGAUAAUGUUUUACCAAUAGGCCAAAUACUAAAAAUCUCUGCUACUCUAUCGGAGUGGCCUUUGUGAUAUAAGGAAAGUGGAAAGUUUUUUCACGUUUG